UAGGGGCGCACAGGGCAAGACCAAAAGGAAAAGCACGCAGCUCUUCAACGAUAUUAUUAGUGCUCUGUUUUUCAUACCAAAACAGUAAAACCCGGCGUGUGCUGGACCAAGACGACGAGGACGGCCACCAGCACCCACCAAUCUCCUCCUCCUCUUUGGGUUCCAAGAACUCUGAUCCUCAAAUCCAUUGCCUUCACUCAAACCCCAAAAGGGGAUGGCAGCUGGAGAAGAGUUUGACUUGUCAUCAUUGAAGUCUCAACUGAGCCAAACACAUGAAAUGUGGAAGCUGGAGAUGGAGCAGCGCCAGUCCCAUGUGGAUGUAUUACAGAAAAAGCUAAUGGAGGUAAAGGCUUGUAUAGAGGGGUCUGAUGAAGACUCAAGAAAGGAAUUAGAGGUUCUUUGGCGGAGAGUUAAGAUGGCUGCCAGUUUGUUGACGUACUUGAAAUCAAAAGCAAGAAUAAUGGUCAUUCCUCAUUUAGCCCAUACAGCGUGUGGCAUCAAACAAUCAGAAGGACUGGGGCUUGUUGAUAAAAAUGGUACACCUUUGUCUGGAUGGUCUCGGAACAUUGAUCUUUCUUUUUUUGAUGAUCCAGAUGAUGAUUCUUCAGUUGGGUUUGACAAGCAACAGGACACUCUAGAUAAAGAAGAUGCAGCUUAUAUCGGUGAACUGCUGAACUCUGUGCAGAUGGUUACAGAUGUAAUGGAAGCUCUAGUAAAGAGAGUUAUCUUGGCAGAAUCUGAAACUGCAGUUGAGAAGGAGAAGGUAACUUAUGGUCAGGAAGAAAUCAAGAAAAAGUCCAUCCAAAUUGAGAACAUGGCUUUGAAGUUAGAGGAGAUGGAGCGAUUUGCUCUAGGUACAAAUGGUAUUCUAAACGAGAUGCGGCAGAGAGUUGAGGAUUUGGUUCAAGAGACAUCUAUACAAAGGGAACGAGCGACAGAAAAUGAGCAGGAGCUUUGCCGGGUGAAGCGGGACUUUGAGUCUCUAAAAUCAUAUGUCAGCAGUCUCAUCACUGUACGAGAAACAUUGCUUUCAUCUGAGAAGCAGUUUCAAACUAUUGAGAGGCUGUUUGAACGGCUAGUCGCAAAAACAACACAAUUAGAGGGUGAGAAAACACAGAAAGAGGUAGAAGUUCAGAAACUUAUGGAAGAGAAUGUAAGGCUCAGUGCUCUUCUUGACAAGAAAGAAGCACAACUUCAUGCCAUGAAUGAACAAUGCAAGGUGAUGGCUUUGAGUGCUUCGAACAUCUAAUUCUUCAGGCUUGCCUUUGUACUGCUCGGUGGUUGGUGGCCGGUUGCUUUGCAACACCGUUUGGCUCAAUUCCACCCAUUAUUACCGAGGACGCAUCUAGCAUUGCACGACUCUUGAGUGGCAAACUUUACUGGACAUCCUUUCUUUCAAUUGUAACAUUGUCAUGUGCUCCCUUGAACUUGUUAUCGAUUCUGCAUUUAUGCUUGCUCUUGUUGGAAACUAAA